CUCCCUGCUUUUCUGUCACUGCUGUGCAAUCAACAGUCCUGGUACGGGCUCCAGGAGCCUCUGCUGCAAGGGGCAAGUGAAGGGUCCCCCCAAGAGUCCAGCACUGCCGAGGGGUGCUCACCCUGCCUGAGACACUUCCUUUACUGGGGCUGGGACUGAGCAGGUUCAGAGGUGUAGCAGCCACCACAAGCCAUCACACUCUCCAGCUUCCCGAAUGAUGCCAGCUCAAUGCGCCCUGACCUCGAUCCUGACUCUCCUGGGGAUGCUCGGCACAGCCAGAGCAGGGCCUUUCUCUCCUCGGUCCAAUAUGACCCUCCCGGCCCCACGGCCCCCUCCCCAGCCAGGGGGCCCUUCUUCUCAGCUGUACGAGCACACUGUGGGAGGAGGGGAGAAGCAGGUGGUAUUCACCCACCGCAUUAACCUGCCGCCUUCAGCCGGCUGUGGCUGUCCGCCGGGCACUGAACCCCCAGUGCCUGCUGCCGAGGUGCAGGCCCUGAGGGUCCGGCUGGAGAUCCUGGAGGAGCUGGUGAAGGGACUCAAGGAGCACUGCUCAGGAGGGUGCUGUCCCACGGCUGCGCAGGCUGGCACGGGCCAGACCGAUGUGCGCAGCCUCUGCAGCCUCCAUGGUGUCUUUGACCUGAGCCGCUGCGCCUGCUCCUGCGAGCCUGGCUGGGGUGGACCCACCUGCUCAGACCCUACAGACACUAAGACGCCCACCUCGUCCCCGGCUGGCCCAGCCCCCAGGACCUGUCCCGAUGACUGCAACGACCAGGGUCGCUGCGUCGGAGGACGCUGCGUGUGCUUCCCCGGCUACAGCGGCCCCAGUUGUAGCUGGCCCGCUUGCCCCGGAGAUUGUCAGGGGCGCGGGCGCUGCGUGCAGGGUGUGUGUGUGUGUCGCGCUGGCUUCUCGGGCCCCGACUGCAGCCAGCGCUCCUGCCCUCGCAACUGCAAUCAGAGAGGACGCUGUGAGGAAGGGCGCUGCGUGUGUGACCCUGGCUACUCCGGUGAGGACUGUGGGGUGCGAAGCUGUCCCCGGGGCUGCAGCCUGAGGGGCCGAUGUGAGAAUGGACGCUGCGUGUGCAACCCAGGCUACUCCGGUGAGGACUGUGGGGUGCGGAACUGUCCCCGGGGCUGCAGCCAGAGGGGCCGCUGUGAGGACGGCCGCUGCGUGUGCGACCCUGGCUACAGUGGUGAAGACUGCAGCGUGCGCAGCUGCCCGUGGGACUGCGGCGAGGGAGGCCGCUGCGUGGACGGCCGCUGCGUGUGCUGGCCCGGGUACUCCGGCGAAGACUGUAGCACGCGGACGUGCCCGCGCGACUGCCGGGGCCGGGGCCGCUGCGAGGACGGGGAAUGCAUCUGUGACGCAGGCUACGGCGGCGACGACUGCGGCGUGCAGAGCUGCCCCGGGGACUGUAACCAAAGGGGCCACUGCGAGGACGGCCGCUGCGUGUGCUGGCCCGGGUAUACAGGGGCGGACUGCAGCGCGCGCGCCUGCCCACGGGACUGCAGGGGCCGAGGGCGCUGCGAGGAUGGCGUGUGCGUGUGCCACGCGGGCUACAGCGGCGAGGACUGCGGGGUGCGCAGCUGUCCCGGGGACUGUCGCGGCCGCGGGAGCUGCGAGAACGGCCGCUGCGUGUGCUGGCCCGGGUACACAGGCCGGGACUGUGGCACGCGCGCCUGCCCCGGUGACUGCCGCGGGCGCGGGCGCUGCGUGGACGGCCGCUGCGUGUGCAAUCUGGGCUUCGCUGGCGAGGACUGCGGGAGCCGUCGGUGCCCCGGGGACUGCCGCGGCCACGGCCACUGCGAGGACGGUGUGUGCGUGUGUAACGCAGGCUACUCGGGCGAAGACUGCGGCACACGCAGCUGUCCCAGCGGCUGCAGGGGCCGCGGCCGGUGCCUGGACGGGCUCUGCGUGUGCGACGACGGCUACACGGGCGAGGACUGUGGCGUGAGACGGUGCCCUCGCGACUGCAGCCAGCAAGGCGUGUGCCAGGACGGCUUGUGCUUGUGCCACGCCGGCUACGCGGGCGAAGACUGCAGCAUCCGCACCUGCCCGGCGGACUGCAACCGGCGCGGCCGCUGUGACGCCGGGCGCUGUGUGUGCGACCCGGGCUACACGGGCCCUGCCUGUGCCACGCGCACCUGCCCAGCGGAUUGUCGUGGCCGUGGGCGCUGUGUGCAGGGAGUGUGCCUGUGCUACGCCGGCUAUGGUGGUGAGGACUGUGGACAAGAAGAGCCUCCUGCCAGCGCCUGUCCCGGGGGCUGUGGGCCACGGGAACUGUGCCGCGCAGGCCAAUGUGUGUGUGUCGAGGGCUUCCGAGGCCCAGACUGUGCCAUCCAGACAUGCCCAGGUGACUGUCGCGGCAGGGGAGAGUGUCUCCAGGGCAGAUGCGUCUGUCAAGACGGCUAUGCUGGCGACGACUGCGGGGAAGAGGUACCAGCCAUCCAGAACAUGAGGAUGCAUCUCCUGGAGGAGACGACAGUCCGGACGGAGUGGACCCGGGCUCCUGGUCCUGUGGAUGCCUACGAAAUCCAGUUUAUCCCCAUGACGGAGGGGACAAGUCCCCCAUUCACAGCUCGGGUACCCAGCUCCGCCUCAGCCUAUGACCAGAGAGGGCUGGCCCCUGGUCAGGACUACCAGGUCACUGUCCGUGCUCUACGAGGGACCAGCUGGGGUCCUCCUGCCUCUAAGACCAUCACUACCAUGAUCGAUGGUCCUCAGGACCUCCGCGUGGUAGCUGUGACUCCAACCACACUGGAUCUCAGCUGGCUGCGCCCCCAGGCUGAGGUGGACCGAUUUGUGGUGUCCUAUGUCAGUGCUGGCAACCAAAGGGUGCGGCUGGAAGUUCCCCCCGAGGCAGACAGGACUCAGCUAACCGACCUGAUGCCAGGCGUGGAGUACGUGGUGACCGUCACCGCAGAGCGAGGCCGUGCAGUCAGCUACCCGGCGUCCAUCAGGGCAAACACAGCACCAGGCCACUACGGUUACCCGGAGGUGCACCCCCCGGCCCCGCCCCCGAACCCCCGUCCCCGGCCUCCGCGGCCCUCCCGGCCCUUGCGGCCCACAGAGGGGAGCGCGGAGUGGCAUCCCCGGCCCAGCCCGCCCCAGCCUCCCCGUCGGCCGUGGGGUAACCUGACGGCUGAACUGGGCCGCUUCCGCGGCACAGUACAGGACCUGGAGCGGCACCUGCGGGCCCACGGCUACCCACUGCGCGCCAACCAGACUUACACGUCGGUGGCGCGCUACAUCCAUGACUUCCUGAAGCGCCACCAGACAGCGGGUGCCCCGGCACCCAAGCCACGUCCCCCCCACCCCACCGCUAGUCCCACCCAGAGCGCCAGGAGGCGGGAAUCGGACCAGGGAGACGUGGGCCCAGCCUCCGACGGCGCACACCUGGUGACUGCAGCGCGUCACCCGAAGCCUGAGGUGCUGGGCAGUGCCGCCGACGGCGCGCUGAUCGUGUCCCUCGACGGGCUCCGGGGUCAGUUCGAGCGUGUGGUGUUGCGCUGGCGGCCACUGCCACCCGCCAAGGGCCCCAGCGGGGAGCUGACCGUGGACGGCUCAGAACGCACUGUCCGCUUGCCCAACCUCAGGCCUGGCACUACCUACCACGUGGAGGUCCAUGGGGUGCGGGCAGGGCAGACUUCCAAGUCCUACGCCUUCAUCACCACCACAGGGUCCUUACCCUCUGGCCUCCUGGAGGCUACUGAUGAGCCUCCUCCCUCGGGCCCCUCUACGACCCAAGGGGCCCAGGCCCCUAUCCUGAUCCUGGAGCAUCACCCGCUGGGAGAGUUGAAGGUGCUGGGCAGAGACAAGGCAGGACGCCUCCGUGUGGCCUGGACUGCCCAGCCCGACACCUUUGCCCACUUCCAGCUGCGCAUGCAGGUGGCCGAGGGGCCUUGGGCACAUGAAGAACUGCUACCAGGAGACGUCCACCAGGCUCUGGUGCCCCUGCCCCCUCCCGGGGCCCCCUACAAGCUAGUCCUCCAUGGGAUCACCCCUGGGGGCAAGCCCUCUGUUCCCAUCACCUACCAAGGCAUCAUGGACAAGGCUGAGGAGAAGCCUGGGAAGCUGCCUGUCCUGCCACGCCUGGGUGAUCUGACGGUGACAGACCUGACCUCCGACUCCCUGCUCCUGCACUGGACUGUCCCAGAGGGGGAGUUCGACUCCUUCGUGAUCCAGUACAAGGACAAAGAUGGACCCCAGGUGAUACCUGUGGAGGGACCCCAGCGCUCAGCACCCGUCACCUCCUUGGAACCCGGGCGCAAGUACAGAUUUAUUCUGUAUGGGCUCAUCGGCAAGAAGAGGCAUGGCCCCCUGGUGGCUGAAGCUAAGAUCUUGCCUCGGAGUGACCCCGACCCAGGAUCUCCACCCCGCCUGGGAGAGCUGUGGGUAACCGACCCUACCCCGGAUUCACUGCACCUCUCUUGGACUGUUCCUGAGGGCCAGUUUGACUCCUUCAUGGUCCAGUACAGAGACAAGGCAGGACGGCCCCUCGUGGUGCCCGUGGAGGGGCCUGAGCGCUCAGUGGUGCUCUCCCCUCUGGACCCCAAUCACAAGUACAGAUUCACCCUGUUUGGGAUUGCCAAUAAGAAGCGGUACGGGCCCCUCACUGCUGAUGGCACUACAGCCCCAGAGAGGGAAGAGGAGUCCUCUGAGAAGCCCCUCCUGGGGGAAUUGACGGUGACUGGUGUGACCCCAGACUCCCUGCGCCUGUCCUGGUCCGUGGCCCAGGGCCCCUUCGACUCCUUCGUGAUCCAGUACAAGGAUGCACAGGGGCAGCCCCAGACUGUGCCCAUUGCGGGGGAUGAGAAUGAGGUCACUGUCCCUGGCCUGGAGUCCAACAGGAAGUAUAAGAUGAACCUCUACGGGCUCCGUGGCAGGCAGCGUGUGGGGCCCGUGUCUGUAGUGGCCAAAACGGCCCCACCACACAUUGUGGACCAGCCCUCCGGCCCCCCAGAGCCCGGCACAGAGGCCCCAGAGCCCCUCGAGAAGCCACGCCUGGGGGAGCUGACUGUGACAGAUGCCACCCCGGACUCCCUGAGCCUCUCCUGGACCAUCCCCGAGGGACAGUUUGACCAAUUCGUGAUCCAGUACAAGAACGGGGAUGGGCAGCCCAAGGUGGUGCGGGUGCCAGGGCACGAGGACCAGGUCACCAUCCCCGGGCUGGAGCCAGACCACAAAUACAAGAUGAACCUGUAUGGCAUCCACAGUGGCCAGCGUAUGGGCCCUGUGUCUGUUGUCGGGGUGACAGCUGCAGAGGAAGAGACCCACAGUCCCACAGAGGCCCCAGAGCCCCCUGAGGAGCCACUCCUGGGAGAGCUGACCGUGACAGGAUCCUCCCCAGACUCCCUGAGCCUCUCCUGGACCGUCCCCCAGGGACAGUUUGACCAAUUCGUGAUCCAAUACAAGAACGGGGAUGGGCAGCCCAAGGUGGUGCGGGUGCCAGGGCACGAGGACCAGGUCACCAUCCCUGGGCUGGAGCCAGACCACAAGUACAAGAUGAACCUGUAUGGCAUCCACAGUGGCCAGCGUGUGGGCCCCGUGUCUGUUGUCGGGGUGACAGACUCACAACCAGAAGAGACCCCUCCAGCCAUCGAGGCCCCGCCUGAGCCCCGUCUGCAGGAGUUGACAGUGACUGGUGUGACCCCCGAUUCUGUGAGCCUCUCAUGGGUGGUCCCUGAGGGGCAGUUUGAUUCCUUCGUGGUCCAGUACAAGGACAGGGCUGGGCAGCCCCAGGAGGUGCCUGUGGGGGCAGACCAGCGCGAGGUCACCAUUCUUGACUUGGAGCCUGCGAGAAAAUACAGGAUGAACGUUUAUGGACUACAUGGCCGCAGGCGUGUGGGGCCCCUCUCGGUGUUGGCAAUGACAGAUCCCAUCCCACCAGCACCAGCUCCAGCCACUGAGGCCUCCAAGCUGCCCCUGGAGCCACGCUUGGGGGAGCUGACAGUGGCAGACGUGACCCGAGACUCCGUGGGCCUCUCGUGGACUGUCCCUGAGGGUGAAUUCGACUCCUUCGUGGUCCAGUACAAGGACAGGGAGGGCCAGCCCCAGACGGUGCCUGUGGCGGCAGACCAGCGGGAGGUCACCAUCCCAGGCCUGGAGUCCUCCCGCAAGUACAAGUUCCUGCUCUUCGGGGUCCAGGAUGGGAGACGACGCAGUCAGGUCUCUGUGGAGGCGAAGACAGCCGCCCGAGAUGACGCCAGCCCAGGGGCCCCUCCCCGCCUUGGGGAGCUGUGGGUGACGGACCCCACGACGGAUUCCCUGCGCCUGUCCUGGACGGUGCCCGAGGGCCACUUUGACUCUUUCUUGGUCCAGUUCAAGGACAAGGGUGGGCCCCGGGUGGUGCCGAUAAAGGGCCAAGAGCGCUCGGCCACCAUCACAGCCCUGGACGCGGGCCGCAAGUACAGAUUCCUCCUCUAUGGGCUCCAGGGGAAGAAGCGCUAUGGCCCCCUCACCACAGAGGGCACUACAGAGCCCCUGGAUACUGUGGACCAAACUGGAGUCAAGUCUCCGUCAAAACCUCGGCUGGGAGAGGAACUGCGGGUGACUGGUGUGACCCCAGACUCCGUGGACCUCUCCUGGACCGUCUCCGAGGGCCAGUUUGACUCCUUCGUCAUCCAAUACAAAGACAGGGAGGGGCAGUCCCAGGUGGUGCCCGUGGAGGGCAGCCAUAGAGAGGUCAGGGUCUCUGGUCUAGACCCAGGCCGCAGGUACAAGCUGCUACUCUAUGGGCUCCGAGAAGGCAAGCGUGUGGGUCCCCUUUCUGUCAUCGCUGUGACUGGCCCCGGAGAAACAACAGAGGCGUGGACAGAGGUCCCCACGACCACGACCCCCACAGUUGCGCCCCACCUCGGGGAGCUGAGAGUGGAGGAGGCGACGCCUCACAGCCUGCGUCUCUCCUGGGUGGUGAUUGAGGGAGAAUUUAACUCCUUCGAGGUCCAGUACACCGACAGAGAUGGACAGCUCAAAGUGGUCAGUACAGAGGGUGACCAGAGUGACAUCACCCUUAGCGGCCUGGAAUCUGACCACAGAUACCUGGUAACCCUGUAUGGUUUCCAUGAUGGGCAGCGUGUGGGCCCAGCUCAAAUUGAGGCCCUGACGGUGCCGUGGGAGGAAGAGGAGGCCACAGAACCACCCACCAUGACUCCCAAGCCCAAGCCACAACUGGGGGAGCUGACUGUGACAGACACCGAUCCCAACUCCCUGAGCCUCUCCUGGACCGUCCCCGAGGGACAGUUUGACCACUUCCUGAUCCAGUACAGGAACGGGGACGGGCAGCCCAAGUUGGUGCGGGUACCAGGAAAUGAGGACCAGGUCACCAUCUCUGGGCUGGAGCCAGACCACAAGUACAAGAUGAACCUGUAUGGCAUCCACAGUGGCCAGCGUGUGGGCCCCGUGUCUGUUGUCGGGGUGACAGCUGCAGAGGAAGAGACCCCCAGCCCCACAGAGCCCAGCACAGAGGCCCCAGAACCCCCCGAGGAGCCGCUCCUGGGAGAGCUGACCGUGACAGGAUCCUCCCCAGACUCCCUGAGCCUCUCCUGGACCAUCCCCCAGGGAGACUUUGACUCCUUCACCGUCCAGUACAAGGACAGUGAUGGGCGGCCUCAGGUGGUGCGUGUCAGGGGCCAGGAGAGGGAGGCCGUGGUGAGAGACCUGGAGGCUGGGCGCAGAUACAAGAUGAACCUGUAUGGACUCCACGAGGGUCGGCGUGUGGGUCCCGUGUCCACCGUGGGCGUGACCGAUGCAGAGGAGGAAACCGUGACCACACAAGCGGUGCCUAUCAUGACCUCUGAGCCUCCUCCAGAGAAGCCACGCCUGGGGGAGCUGACUGUGACAGAUGCCACCCCAGACUCCUUGAGCCUCUCCUGGACCAUCCCCGAGGGACAGUUUGACCAAUUCGUGAUCCAGUAUAAGAACGGGGAUGGGCAGCCCAAGGUGGUGCGGGUACCAGGGCACGAGGACCAGGUCACCAUCCCCGGCCUGGAACCAGACCACAAGUACAAGAUGAACCUGUAUGGCAUCCACAGUGGCCAGCGUGUGGGCCCCGUGUCUGUUGUCGGGGUGACAGCUGCAGAGGAAGAGACCCCCAGCCCCACAGAGCCCAGCACAGAGGCCCCAGAGCCCCCCGAGGAGCAGCCACGCCUGGGGGAGCUGACCGUGACAGAUGCCACCCCUGACUCCCUGAGCCUCUCCUGGACCAUCCCCGAGGGACAGUUUGACCACUUCCUGAUCCAGUACAGGAAUGGGGACGGGCAGCCCAAGUUGGUGCGGGUGCCAGGGCACGAGGACCAGGUCACCAUCCCUGGGCUGGAGCCAGACCACAAGUACAAGAUGAACCUGUAUGGCAUCCACAGUGGCCAGCGUGUGGGCCCCGUGUCUGUUGUCGGGGUGACAGCUGCAGAGGAAGAGACCCCCAGCCCCACAGAGCCCAGCACAGAGGCCCCAGAGGCCCCCGAGGAGCCGCUCCUGGGAGAGCUGACCGUGACAGGAUCCUCCCCAGACUCCCUGAGCCUCUCCUGGACCGUCCCCCAGGGAGACUUUGACUCCUUCACCGUCCAGUACAAGGACAGCGAUGGGCGGCCCCAGGUGGUGCGUGUCGGGGGCCAGGAGAGGGAGGCUGUGGUGAGAGACCUGGAGGCUGGGCGCAGAUACAAGAUGAACCUGUAUGGACUCCACGAGGGUCGGCGUGUGGGCCCUGUGUCCACCGUGGGCGUGACCGCCUCCCUGCCCACAGAGCCCCCCAUUGAGCCCCGCCUGGGGGACCUGGCUGUGGUAGAAGUGACUUCCAGUACUGUGCACCUGUCCUGGACUGUUGCCCAGGGCCCCUUCGACUCCUUCCUGGUCCAGUACAAGGAUGCACAGGGACAGUCCCAGACGGUGCCUGUGAGCGGAGACCUGGGUGAGGUCACCGUCUCAGGGCUGGACCCGGCUCGCAAGUACAAGUUUCUACUCUUCGGACUCCAGGGGGGGAAGCGCCAUGGCCCUGUCUCCAUAGAUGCAAAGACUGACACAAAGCUCCUUCCUCGUCUUGGGGAGCUGACGAUGACAGACGUGACCCAAAACUCCGUGGGUCUCUCCUGGACUGUCCCUGAGGGCGAGUUCGACUCCUUCUUAGUCCAGUACAAGGACAAGGGAGGACAGCUCCAGACGGUACCUGUGGCGGCAGACCAGCGGGAGGUCACCAUCCCCAGCCUGGAGCCCAGCAGAAAAUAUAAGUUUCUGCUCUACGGCAUGGCCGGCCGCAAAAGGCUGGGCCCUGCCUCUGUGGAGGGCACCACAGCUCCCCUGGAGAAGACACCGCCACCCCGCCUCGGUGAACUGACUGUUACAGGGGAGACCCCUGACUCUCUGCACCUCUUGUGGACGGUGGCCCAGGGCACCUUCGACUCCUUCCUGGUCCAGUACAGAGACAGGGAUGGGCAGCCCCAGACGGUGCUCGUGGCUGCAGACCAGAGUGAGGUCACCAUCCAGGGUCUGCAGCCAAGCAGAAAGUACAAGUUUCAGCUCUAUGGGCUCUCUGGAGGAAAACGCCUGGGACCCGUCUCUGCCCUGGGAGUGACAGCCCCGGAAGAGGACACGUCAGCCCCAAGCCCCACUGAGGCCCCUGAAGCACCCCGCCUGGGGACGCUGACAGUGUCCGACGUGACCCCAGACUCGCUGCGCCUCUCCUGGGGUGUGGCCCAGGGCCCCUUCGACUCCUUUGUGGUGCAGUAUCAGGACACAGAGGGGCAGCCCCAGGCCCUGCUUGUUGACGGAGACCAGGACAAGGUCCUCAUCUCAGGCCUGGAACCCAGCACUUCCUACAAGUUCUUCCUCUACGGCCUCCGUGAAGGGACGCGGCACGGGCCUAUCUCCGCAGAGGGCGUCACAGGUCCAGUCCCUGCUGGUCAGACCCCAGGGGACCCGGGACCCCGCCUGUCCCAGCUGUCAGUGACGGAUGUGACCACUAGUUCUCUGCGGCUAAACUGGGAGGCCCCGCUUGGGGCCUUUGACUCCUUCCUACUACGCUUUGGGGUCCCCUCACCAAGCACCCUGGAGCCGCGUCCUCGUCCCCUGCUCCAGCGGGAGCUGAUGGUGCCAGGAACCCGGCGCACGGCCGUACUCCGGGACCUGCGUCCUGGGACCCUGUACAGCCUUACUCUGUAUGGGCUGCGUGGGCCGCACAAGGCAGACAGCAUCCAGGGCACUGCCCGCACCCUCAGCCCAGUUCUGGAGAGCCCCCGUGACCUGCAAUUCAGUGACGUUGGGGAAACAUCGGCGAGAGCCACCUGGGUGCCACCAUCAUCCAGGGUGGACAGCUUCAAAAUUUCCUACCAGCUAGCAGAUGGAGGCGAGCCACAGAGUGUGGUAGUGGACGGCCGGACCCAGACCCAGAUCCUCCAGGGGCUGAGCCCAGACACUCGCUACGAGGUGACCGUGGUCUCUGUCCGGGGCUUUGAGGAGAGUGAGCCUCUCACAGGCUUCCUCACUACAGUUUCUGACGGUCCCACCCAGCUGCGUGCGUUGAACUUGACUGAUGGGUCCGCCCUGCUGCACUGGAAACCUCCCCAGAAGCCCGUGGACGAGUACAACGUGCAGGUCGCAUCCCCUGGGGCCCCAGCCCUUCAGGCCUCGGCACCUGGCAGCGCUGUGGACUACCCACUGACAGACCUGGCGCUUGACACCAACUACACAGCCACCGUGCGUGGUCUCCGAGGUCCUAACUUCACCUCCCCAGCCAGCAUCACCUUCACCACAGGGCUCAAGGCCCCCCAGGACUUGCAGGCCAAGGAAGUGACCCCUCGCACGGCCCUGCUCACUUGGACUAAGCCCGAAGUCCCACCCACAGGCUACCUGCUCAGCUUUGACACUCCCGGAGGACAGAUUCAGGAGAUCCUGCUCCCAGCAGGAACCACCUCACAUCGGCUUCUCCGCCUCUUCCCUUCCACCUUCUACACCGCCCAGCUCCGGGCCGUUUGGGGCGAGAGCCUCACGCCGCCUGUGUCCACCUCCUUUACCACUGGUGGACUGCGCAUCCCCUUCCCCCGGGACUGUGGGGAGGAGAUGCAGAAUGGGGUCAGCUCCUCAAAGACCACCACCAUCUUCCUCAACGGCAACCGUGAGCGGCCUCUGGAUGUGUUCUGUGACAUGGAGACCGAUGGAGGCGGCUGGCUGGUGUUCCAGCGCCGCAUGGACGGACAGACGGACUUCUGGAGAGACUGGGAGGAGUAUGCCCACGGUUUUGGGAACAUCUCCAGGGAAUUCUGGCUGGGCAACGAGGUCCUACACAGCCUGACGCAGGCUGGAGACUACUCGAUGCGUGUGGACCUGCGGGCUGGAAACGAAGCCGUGUUCGCCCAAUAUGACUUCUUCCGUGUGGACUCAGCAAUGGAGAACUACCGCCUACACCUGGAGGGCUACCACGGCACUGCAGGUGACUCUAUGAGCUACCACAGCGGCAGUGUCUUUUCUGCCCGCGAUCGAGACCCCAACAACCUGCUCAUCCCCUGUGCCGUGUCCUACCGCGGGGCCUGGUGGUACAGGAACUGUCACUACGCCAACCUCAACGGUCUCUACGGGAGCACGGUGGACCACCAGGGAGUGAGCUGGUACCACUGGAAAGGCUUUGAGUUCUCGGUGCCCUUCACGGAAAUGAAGCUGAGACCCAGAAACUUCCAGGCCCCUGCCAGGGCGAGCUGAGCCCUCUGCCCGCUUCGCUCACACCCCGGUAUGACUGCCGAGCACUGAGAGGUCGUGCCCGGAGAAGAGCCCCCGUGUGCCUCCACUGCCCGGCUCACCAAGGAAGCCUUCUCUACCACGACCUCACAGCACCAUGUUUACAGGGGGGAGGGGAGGGGUUGAUAAAACGGAGCAAUAAAGGAGAAACUGAGGCACGAG